GCGUUCUCUCUCAAGGUAAAGCACCCCUCGGCAGGACCGGAACACCUCAGUCUCCUCCGUACGGACCAGCAAGGCCAGCUUAGAAAAUGGGCGACGCGGCCAUGAGGGAGUUCGGGGCGGCGGCCCCGUACCUGAGGAAAUCAGACCGGGAGCGUCUGGAAGCUCAGACGCGUAUCUUCGACAUGAAGAAGGAAUGCUUCGUUCCCGACACCGUAGAGGAGUACGUGAAGGCGUCCAUCACCAGCCGUGAGGGGGACAAGAUCACCGCCCAGACUCAGAAGGGCAAGACGGUGACGGUGAAGGAGUGUGACGUGCACCCUCAGAACCCGCCAAAGUUUGAUAAAAUUGAAGACAUGGCCAUGUUCACCUUCCUCCAUGAGCCCGCGGUGCUGUUCAACCUCAAAGAGCGUUAUGCAGCAUGGAUGAUCUACACGUACUCUGGGCUGUUCUGUGUCACCAUCAACCCCUACAAGGGUCUGCCAGUCUACAACCAGGAGGUGGUUGUUGCCUACAGAGGAAAGAAGAGGAGUGAAGCUCCUCCUCACAUCUUCUCCAUCUCUGACAACGCCUACCAGUACAUGCUAACUGACAGAGAGAAUCAGUCCAUCCUCAUCACUGGAGAAUCUGGUGCUGGGAAGACUGUUAACACCAAGAGAGUCAUCCAGUAUUUUGCCAGCAUUGCAGCAAGCGGCGGAAAGAAAGACACAGGCACUGAGAAAAAGGGGACUCUGGAGGACCAAAUCAUCCAGGCUAACCCUGCUCUGGAGGCCUUUGGUAAUGCCAAGACCAUCAGAAAUGACAACUCUUCCAGAUUUGGAAAAUUCAUCCGAAUCCACUUUGCUGCCAGUGGGAAACUGGCAUCGGCCGAUAUCGAGACAUAUUUGCUGGAGAAGUCCCGUGUCACCUUUCAGCUCAAGGCCGAGAGAGACUAUCACAUUUUCUAUCAGAUUCUGUCACAGAAGAAACCUGAGCUUCUAGAGAUGCUGCUCAUCAGCAACAACCCCUACGACUACGCGUUCAUCUCCCAAGGAGAAACCACGGUGGCCUCCAUUAAUGACGCCGAUGAGCUCAUGGCCACUGACGACGCCUUUGAUGUGCUGGGCUUCACCCAAGAGGAGAAGAAUGGCAUUUACAAGCUGACAGGUGCCAUCAUGCACUACGGUAACAUGAAGUUCAAGAACAAGCAGCGUGAGGAACAAGCCGAGGCGGAUGGCACUGAAGUUGCAGACAAAGUUGCUUACCUGAUGGGCCUGAACUCUGCGGACCUCAUCAAAGGUCUCUGCCAUCCUCGGGUUAAAGUGGGAAAUGAGUGGGUCACCAAGGGACAAAAUGUCCAGCAGGUCUCCUAUGCAGUUGGUGCUUCGUCUAAGGCAGUGUAUGAGAAGAUGUUUCUGUGGAUGGUAAUCCGUAUUAAUCAAUCUCUGGACACGAGGCAGCCUCGCCAGUACUUCAUUGGUGUUCUGGAUAUUGCUGGAUUUGAGAUUUUUGAAUUCAACACCUUCGAGCAGCUGUGCAUCAACUUCACCAAUGAAAAACUGCAACAGUUCUUCAACCAUCACAUGUUUGUGCUGGAGCAGGAAGAGUACAAGAAAGAGGGCAUUGAAUGGACUUUCAUUGAUUUUGGUAUGGACUUGCAGGCGUGUAUUGACCUGAUUGAAAAGCCCAUGGGUAUCAUGUCCAUCCUUGAAGAGGAGUGCAUGUUCCCCAAAGCCAGUGAUACCACCUUUAAAGCUAAGCUUUAUGACAACCACCUGGGGAAGUCCAGCAACUUCCAGAAGCCAAGAAUCGUGAAAGGGAAACCUGAGGCCCAUUUUGCUCUGAUGCACUACGCUGGAACUGUGGACUACAACAUCAACAACUGGCUGGUGAAGAACAAAGAUCCUCUCAAUGAGACUGUUGUUGGACUCUACCAGAAGUCCAACCUCAAGCUGCUGUCUGUACUCUUUGCAAACUAUGCUGGAGCUGAAACAGCUGGUGAAGGUGGGAAAGCAAAAGGAGGAACCAAGAAAAAGGGUUCAUCCUUCCAGACUGUGUCAGCAUUGCACAGGGAGAAUCUAAACAAGCUGAUGACCAACCUGAGGUCCACUCACCCCCACUUUGUACGCUGCAUCAUCCCCAAUGAGACCAAGACCCCUGGAGCCAUGGAGAACCCUCUGGUGAUGCACCAGCUGCGCUGUAACGGUGUGCUGGAAGGCAUCAGAAUCUGCAGGAAGGGCUUCCCCAACAGGAUCCUCUAUGGAGACUUUAAACAAAGAUAUCGCAUCCUGAAUCCUGCCGCUAUACCAGAGGGUCAGUUUAUUGACAGUAAGAAGGGGGCUGAGAAACUCCUUGGGUCUUUGGAUAUUGACCACAAUCAAUACAAGUUUGGACACACUAAGGUGUUCUUCAAGGCUGGUCUCCUCGGGACACUUGAGGAGAUGAGGGAUGACCGUUUGUCACUCAUUAUCACUGGAAUCCAGUCGAGAUCAAGAGGCUUACUGGCAAGGGUGGAAUUCCAGAAGAUUGUUGAAAGGAGGGAUGCAUUGCUGGCAAUCCAGUGGAACAUUCGUGCCUUCAUGGGGGUCAAGAAUUGGCCUUGGAUGAAGCUGUACUUCAAGAUCAAACCUCUUCUGAGGUCUGCUGAAGCAGAAAAAGAGAUGGCCAACAUGAAGGAAGAGUUUGUGAAGUUGAAAGACGCCUUUGCAAAGUCAGAGUCACGCAGGAAGGAACUAGAGGAGAAAAUGGUUUCUAUUCUCCAGGAAAAGAAUGACCUGCAGCUACAAGUUCAGGCUGAGCAAGACAAUCUUGCUGAUGCUGAGGAAAGAUGUGAGGGGUUGAUCAAACACAAGAUCCAGAUGGAAGCAAAGGCCAAGGAGUUAUCUGAAAGACUGGAAGACGAGGAGGAGAUUAAUGCUGAAUUGACUGCAAAGAAGAGGAAGCUAGAGGAUGAGUGUUCGGAGCUAAAGAAGGAUAUAGAUGACUUGGAGUUAACACUUGCUAAAGUGGAGAAAGAGAAACAUGCCACUGAGAACAAGGUGAAGAACCUGGUGGAAGAAAUGGCAGCUUUGGAUGAAAUCAUUGCCAAGCUGACAAAGGAGAAGAAAGCCUUACAAGAAGCUCAUCAACAAACACUGGAUGACCUCCAGAGUGAAGAAGACAAAGUCAACACUCUGACCAAAGCCAAGUCUAAACUUGAGCAGCAAGUGGAUGAUCUUGAAGGGUCUCUUGAGCAAGAGAAAAAGAUUCGUAUGGAUCUUGAGAGAGCUAAGAGAAAGCUAGAGGGAGACUUAAAGAUGACCCAGGAGAGCCUAAUGGAUGUGGAGAAUGACAAGCAACAACUUGAAGAGCAUCUGAAAAAGAAAGACUUUGAGCUAAAUCAGCUAAAUAGCAGGAUAGAGGAUGAGCAGGCAAUUGCUAUUCAGCUUCAAAAGAAAUUGAAAGAGCUUCAGUCCCGCAUUGAGGAGCUGGAGGAAGAGCUUGAGGCGGAGCGAGCUGCUCGGGCCAAGGUGGAGAAGCAGAGAGCAGACCUGGCCAGGGAGCUGGAGGAGAUCAGUGAGAGGCUGGAGGAGGCUGGUGGAGCAACAUCUGUCCAGAUUGAGAUGAACAAGAAGAGGGAGGCCGAGUUUCAGAAACUGCGCAGAGACCUUGAAGAGGCCACUCUGCAGCAUGAAUCCACCGCCGCCACACUGAGAAAGAAACAAGCCGACAGCGUCGCUGACCUGGGGGAGCAGAUCGACAACCUGCAGAGAGUCAAGCAGAAACUGGAAAAGGAGAAGAGCGAACUCCGGCUGGAACUGGAUGACGUUGUUUCCAACAUGGAACAUGUUGUGAAAACAAAGACAAAUCUUGAGAAGACAUGCAGAACUAUGGAAGACCAGAUGAAUGAAUACAAGAGCAAGUUUGAAGAAGCUCAACGCUGCAUCAAUGACUUCAACAUGCAGAAAGCAAAGCUCCAAACUGAAAAUGGUGAGUUUUCAAGACAACUCGAGGAGAAAGAGUCCCUAGUUUCUCAACUCACUAGAGGAAAAAUGUCUUAUACUCAACAAAUUGAGGACCUUAAACGACAACUGGAGGAAGAGACCAAAGCCAAGAGUGCUCUGGCCCAUGCUGUGCAAUCUUCUCGCCACGACUGUGACCUCCUCAGAGAGCAGUAUGAGGAGGAGCAGGAGGCCAAGGCUGAACUGCAGCGUGGCAUGUCCAAGGCCAACUCUGAGGUGGCUCAGUGGAGAACUAAGUAUGAAACUGAUGCCAUCCAGAGGACAGAAGAACUGGAGGAGGCUAAGAAGAAGCUGGCUCAGCGUCUGCAGGAUGCCGAGGAGGCCGUGGAAGCAGUGAAUGCUAAAUGUUCCUCUCUGGAGAAGACCAAACACAGACUGCAGAAUGAGAUUGAAGACCUCAUGGUGGAUGUGGAGAGGUCAAAUGCUGCUGCUGCUGCCCUGGACAAGAAGCAAAGAAACUUUGACAAGGUCUUGUCUGAGUGGAAACAAAAAUAUGAGGAGUCUCAAUGUGAGUUGGAGGGCUCCCAGAAGGAAGCUAGAGCUCUGAGCACCGAACUCUUUAAGUUGAAGAACUCCUAUGAAGAAUGUCUGGAUCAUUUGGAAACCAUGAAAAGAGAGAACAAAAACUUGCAAGAGGAAAUUUCUGACCUCACUGAGCAACUUGGCGAGAGUGGAAAAAAUAUUCAUGAGCUGGAGAAAUUAAGAAAACAACUGGAUCAGGAGAAGAGUGAGAUCCAGGCUGCUCUUGAGGAAGCUGAGGCUACCUUGGAGCACGAGGAGGGAAAGAUUCUCAGAGCCCAGCUUGAGUUCAACCAGAUUAAAUCUGAAAUUGAACGGAAACUAGCAGAGAAGGAUGAGGAGAUGGAGCAGUGCAAGAGGAACCUGCAGAGGACUAUUGACACCCUGCAGAGCUCCCUUGAAGCUGAGUGUCGAAGCAGGAACGAGGCCCUUCGUUUAAAGAAGAAGAUGGAGGGAGACCUCAAUGAGAUGGAGAUUCAACUAAGUCAGGCCAACAGACAGGCAGCGGAAGCUCAGAAACAACUGAAAUCUGUUCAUGCGCACCUGAAGGAUUGCCAAAUUCAGCUGGAUGAGUCUCUUCGAGCCAACGAUGAUCUCAAAGAGAACAUCGCCAUUGUGGAGAGACGUAACAACCUCAUUCAGGCCGAGCUGGAAGAACUGAGGGCUGCUCUUGAGCAAACUGAGAGAAGUCGCAAACUUGCUGAGCAAGAGUUGCUGGAUGUUAGCGAGAGGGUGCAGCUACUGCACUCACAGAACACCGGUCUGAUAAACCAAAAGAAGAAGCUUGAGAAUGAUGCCUCUCAGCUUCAGACUGAAGUGGAAGAAGCAGUCCAGGAGUGCAGGAAUGCUGAAGAGAAGGCCAAGAAGGCCAUCACUGAUGCUGCCAUGAUGGCAGAGGAGCUGAAGAAGGAACAGGACACCAGUUCUCACCUGGAGCGUAUGAAGAAGAACAUGGAGCAAACCAUCAAAGACCUGCAGCACCGUCUGGAUGAAGCCGAGCAAAUUGCCAUGAAGGGAGGCAAGAAGCAGGUGCAGAAGCUCGAGGCCAGGGUGAGAGAGCUUGAAAAUGAGGUGGAGUCUGAGCAGAAGAAGAGCAGUGAAGCAAUUAAAGGAAUGCGUAAAUACGAGCGGCGCAUCAAGGAGCUCACAUAUCAGACUGAGGAGGACCGCAAGAACGUGGUGCGUCUCCAGGAUCUGGUUGACAAGCUGCAGCUGAAAGUCAAAGCAUACAAGAGAUCUGCUGAAGAGGCUGAGGAACAAGCCAACACCCACCUGAGCAAGACCCGUAAGCUCCAGCAUGAGCUGGAUGAGGCUGAAGAGAGAGCUGACAUUGCUGAAUCUCAGGUCAACAAGAUGCGCGCCAAAAGCCGCGACGUUGGCUCCAAGAAAGGGUUGGAUGAAGAGUGAAACUCACAGACAGCCACGCAAGAACUUUGGGAUGGUCUGGAGUUUCUCCCAACCGUCUUCAGAGUGCCUGUAGAAUAAAGCAGAAGUGCAAUAAUAUACUAAAAAACGGGUGACGCUGCCAUGAAAGAGUUUGGGCCGGCUGCUCCUUUUUUGAGGAAGUCAGAUAAGGAGCGCUUGGAGGCUCAAACUGGUAUAUUCCACAUGAAGAAAGAAUGUUACGUCUAUAACCAGUAGAGAUGGUGACAAGGUCACGGCUGAAACUGAAUUUGGAAAGACGGUGACGGUGAAGGAGUGUGACGUGCACCCUCAGAACCCGCCAAAGUUGGAUCAAAUUGAAGACAUGUUCACCUUCCUCCAUGAGCCCGCGGUGCUGUUCAACCUCAAAGAGCGUUAUGCAGCAUGGAUGAUCUACC